AUGACUCCCGCAGCCACCGUGGCUGCCAUAGCUCCAAAUUGCGAGUUAUACGGAGUACAAGGACAUAUUGUUUUUGAUUUCCAAUUGCUAGAUGGAAUUCCUCCUGACCAAAUGAACUACGCUCAAGGAAACCCGUAUUCUAACACCUAUAACCCAGGUUGGAAGAAUCAUCCUAACUUCUCCUAUAAGAAUAACAAUGUGUUAUACGCACCUCAAGCACCUCUUGGUUUUCAAAAGCCAAAUCAAGCUGCACCUCAAGCCGCUCCUCAAGCACCUUAUAAGUCCAACCUAGAGAUAAUGAUGGAAAUUUUUGUUGCUACUCAAACACAACAAAAUAAGGAGUUUAUGAACCAAAAUGUACACACCUCUGAAUUAGUGAAAGAAUUAGCAACCAAAGCAAAAAGCAAUGAUGAAUCGAAUAAAGCUACUGAGCCAGAAACCGGCGCUAGAGAUGAAGCUGAUAAGGAAAAACCAUACGUACCUCCACCACCAUAUAAACCACCUAUUCCAUUUCCUCAAAGAUUAGCUAAGUCUAAAACUGAAGGACAAUUUAAGAAAUUUGUAGAACUUCUGAAGCAAUUAAACAUAACAAUACCUUUCACAGAAGCCAUAAUACAAAUUCCAUCUUAUGCCAAUUUUCUUAAAGAGAUACUGUCUAACAAAAAGAAACUUGAGGACAAUGAAACAGUGAUGCUUACUGCGAAAUGUAGCGCUAUUAUCCAAAACAAUAUGCCACCUAAGUUGAAAGACCCUGGUAGUUUCGCCAUACUUUGUGUAAUAGGAAAAUUCAUCAUAGACAAAGCACUCUACGAUUUAGGAGUUAGCGUGAGUUUGAUGCCCCUCUCAAUCUGUGAAAAACUUCAAUCAGGCGAACUAAUACCAACUAGAAUGUCUUUACAAUUAGCCAAUCGCUCUGUUAAAUACCCUGUAGGUAUGCUAGAAAACAUUCCCGUUAGGAUAUGUCAAUUCUAUAUUCCCACAGAUUUCAUCAUUAUGGAUAUUCAUGAAGACUCAAACAUUCCUAUCAUACUGGGAAGACCUUUCUUAGCCACUGCUGGUGCCAUCAUCGAUGUGAAACGAGGGAAGCUUACCUUCGAAGUCGGAAAAGAGAAGAUUGAAUUCAUUCUUUCUCAAUUCCUCAAAGCACCUUCUAUAGUUGAUACAUGCUGUUUUGUUGACAUCAUCGAUGAGUGUGUAAAGGAAAUAAAGUCCGAACCACUAGAGGAAACCAAAAUCCUAAGAAUUCCUAUACCGCCUAUCCUAGAAGAUGAUAACUAG